CCAUGAACAGCUCCACGGCAGGCUCCGAGGGGGGCUGGCAUCCCGAGUCCGUGAUAAUCCCCCUGGUGUACCUCGUCAUCUUCCUCGUGGGCACGGUGGGCAACAGCCUGGUCCUGGCCGUGCUGCUGCGCAACGGGCAGGUGAAGAACACCACCAACCUCUUCAUCCUCAACCUGGGGGUGGCCGACCUCUGCUUCAUCCUCUUCUGCGUCCCCUUCCAAGCCACCAUCUACACCCUGGAGGGGUGGGUGUUUGGGCCCUUCAUGUGCAAGGCUGUCCACUUCUUCAUCUACCUCACCAUGUACGCCAGCAGCUUCACCCUGGCCACCGUCUCCCUCGACAGGUAUUUGGCCAUACGAUACCCCCUGCACUCAAGGGAGCUGAGGACGCCCCGGAAUGGCCUCAUGGCCAUCGGCCUCAUCUGGGGGCUUUCCUUCAUCUUCUCGGGCCCUUACCUCAGCUACUACCAGGAAUUCCAGCUGGCCAACCUGACCGUGUGCCACCCCAUCUGGGAGAUCUCCCAGCGCAAGGUCAUGGACAUCUGCACCUUCGUCUUCAGCUACAUCAUCCCGGUGCUGAUCCUGAGCCUCACUUACGUGCGGACUAUUCGCUACCUGUGGAAGUCCGUGGACCCUCUCCAAGACAUGUCCGAGUCCAAGAAGGCCAAGCGGAAGGUCACCAGGAUGAUCAUCAUUGUGGCCGUGCUGUUCUGCCUCUGUUGGCUGCCCCACCACCUGGUCAUCCUCUGCGUCUGGUUCGGGUACUUCCCCCUCAACCACUCCACGUACGUGCUCCGCAUCCUGUCGCACGUCAUCUCCUACGCCAACUCCUGCGUCAAUCCCAUCGUCUACGCCCUGGUCUCCAAACACUUCCGCAAGGGCUUCAAGAAGAUCUUCAGCUGCCUCCUGCACAAGAAGGCAGCUCACAGGGUGCACGUGGCCCAGGUGACCAACACCGUCAGCACGCUGGAGGCAGAGCUCAGCGAGGUGACCCAGCUCAGCGAGGCCCUGCCCGGCCGCUCUGCCGCGCGCUGCAGGGUCCCAGCCCAGCCCUGGGGGGAGGUGGAGCUGGUGGGACAGCAGCACAAAGCAGAUGGCUCCUUCGUCACCUUCAGUGUCAGCUAGCAAAGCUUCUCCCCACCCCACGGCUUUGCAGCAUGGCAGGCCUGGGGACAGGCUACAUUUUGGGUUGAAAUGUGGCCAGUCAUACUCUUUUCAUUCAAGUGCACCCAGAUGUCAUAACAGUGAUGAUGCUGCUGAUACAGACUCAGCCAAGCAGCUGACCACGGAUCCAAGGGCAGGAUUCGCUUCCACCAAGCACUUGCUGAGAGUAGAGAUCAAACCCCCCAAAACUACUCUGGUGUAAUCACCUGUUCCUCUGUCACAGACAGACUUAUGCCCUGUUGCAUCUACACCUGGAGCUUGUUGAAAGUUCUGGUCCCUCCAACCAACACAGCAUCUGGCUGGAGUUAGUGGGGUGCUCUUUUACGGAUAUUUGGGAAGUCUUGUUUUGUUUGUGACCUGGUAGAGGAGCUGCAUCCCAGGGCAGCUCUGGCCACAGCCAUGUGGGCACAAACCCAGCUCAGGUAGGAAAAUCCAGGAGAGAAGCAUAGAAGGUCACCAAGGACCAGAAGGGAAGGGAGGCUGUUUGCUGGGGGAGCACAGCCAUGGCCCUGCAGGAGAGGAACCUGAGUGGGACAGGACCACACUGGGGGAGGAUUUGAAUGCCUUGGACAGCUUGGACACGGCUCAGCCUCUCAUCAAAGUGAGGUGAUUGUGGAGAAGAGUGAAGCAGAGCAGCAGCACUGCUUCCCUGAAGCCACGGUGUGGGACUAGACAGCCAGGGCCGUGUGAGAGCUGAGGGUCCCCAGCC